AUGUACUCCUCCCUCUUCAUCUUCGCCUUCACCGUCGUCGGCGCCAUCGUGAACGCCAAGAUGGCCAAAGUUGCGACGAACUCCCAGACAACCUCCCCUCUGACCGGCUCGGAAAAGGACCACCAUCCCUUCUGGAACGCGUACGUACCACGGUGGAAUAGAUGGCGAUGUAUUGUCCUGAUUAUUCUUUUGUCGUGCUUCGUCAUCACCACUGCAGGACGACGGAUCCCCCGGCAUGCGUCGCCCUUAGCCAGGCGUGCAGGUCAGUCUCACUUCAUUCGCACUCAGGAGCCUCUAUUCCAAAUCUCUGACUCAGCGUAUGACGAUGUUUUGUGUGCAGCGAUUGCCUUUCGGGUUGCUACAAGCAUCACAAUCUUUGGGGAUUCACGACGUAAGCCUCGGAUUGCUGGGGACGACGGUUUCACUUCUCUCUGUCUCUCAGGUUUCAGCCCGCGCUCCUCUUUCUGACGCUGGUUGCAAGGCUUUUAACCGUUUAAAUUAUGUUCAUAGUAAGCAAGAUUGCUACUAUGGCCAAUGCAACAACACGAAGGAGACGAGGUCCGUGGAACCAUGCGUCGUCGAGAUCAAAGCCAAAAAUUGCUCCGACGCGCUUCCCAAGGCACUGCAGAAAGGAGGGUGA